AUGGUCAUUCAAACUUAUCAUCUAUUAUGGACAGCUUAUUUGAAAUCAGGUACAGGACAACUUAUUCUUCAAGUACAAACACAGUCCUUAUAUUCUUUAACUUCAUCUAUAUGGCCAAAACAAGUAACAGCAAUGGUUUCAGUGACAAAUAUAAAUUCAGCCAAUGAAAAUGAGAUUUAUUUGAAUUUUGUCAAUAAACACUUACUUAAAUUAAAUGCUCAGUUGAGGAGCUAUAAGCAUAAUUUGAAUAUGAAAGCAAAUCAUUAUUCUGGAUAUACAUUAACCAUACAAAAUUGUAUCGAAACAUAUAUUGAGCAACAUCUACAAUCCUUUCGUCUCAAUAUCGAACAUCAUAUUGAACUUUUACAUUAUGAUUAUCAUAUACGAGCACUGAAAUUAGAAUAUUUGAGACAUUGCUCAAAUGAAUAUCAAAAACAACAAUUGAAAGAGAUUUGUCAAACAAAAUAUGCACAAGAAAUGGCAGAACAAGAAUCUCGUUUAAUAAAACAACAAAUGAACUAUUCUAAUUUACCCAAUCAAUCAACAUUAAUUGAUUCAAUUCAAAGUAUAGAUAUUCGUCAACAACUAUUUAAUGAAUAUAAAGAAAUUGCUGUACAAUCGAGAGCAAAUCUAUUUCAAAUUUAUAUAAAAUCAGUUAAUGAUGAACGACAAGAAUAUAGAAAGAAAUUUGAAGAUCAGAUGGAGAAAAUACAGCCUAUUCAUGAAUUGAUAGACGAUAACAAUCCAAAAUUAUCUCCAAUUAUGAUUCAAUUGAUCGAUCAACGAUGUCAAAAGAUAAUCGAACGUCUUAAAUGCAUUUAUAGAUUUAAAACACAAUUCACUUUAUAG